AUGGAAAGCGUUCGUGUUCACUUUUCCCUUCAUAGGUUUCCAGAUGAAAUAGCAUGCAGGAUCUUUCCUCUCACUUUGGAAGGAGUCGCUCAGGACUGGUUCGCCAGAUUGCUUGCCAAGUCAAUAAACAGUUUCAAAGAACUUGGAUGCCUCUUUUUAAGCCAAUUCUUGGCUACCAAGAAGAGGAGGAAGCACUCGGCUUGUUUACUGUCAUUGCGUCAAGGGAAAGAAGAAAGCCUGAAAGAUUUCAUGCAUAGGUUCAAUAAAGAAAAAUUGUUGGUAGAUAACCCGGGGGAUCAAACGGUAUUAUCCGCAUUAUGGCACGGAGUCAGGCCAAACGGGCCUCUAAUGGCUGAAGUAUCAAAGAAUUCGACAGAGAUAACUCUUCCCGAGUUUAUAGCCAAGACGGAGGAGUAUAUUAAUCAGGAGGAAAUGAUUAAGGCUCUCACGAAAGGUCAGGAGGAAGAAGACCAAGAAAAGGAGGACGCCAAAAAGGAGCUACCUAUAGCAUCUGCUCCGAAGGAAGAGAAGUUUCAGAAGAAAGUAGUGAAGAAGGCUGUACCAUCAUUCCCAAAGAUAGAACCCUGGCGACGUGAAGAUCGAACGUUCACACCUUUGAAUACUAGGGUCAACGAAGUGUUUAUGGAGAUCAGAAGAGACCCAUCUUUCAGGUGGCCGAGUAAGUUGCGGGGUGAUCCGAGGAAGCGAGAUCGGACGAAGUUCUGUGAGUACCAUAAUGAUCACGGGCAUUUAACGGAAGACUUUCACCAGCAGCCCCUCCUGUUGGAUGCAAACCGAGCUGAAGGGGGACGAGAGCCGAGACGUGAUCGGGAUGAUGGUCCCAGAAAAGAUCCGAGACCCUCUAGGGAUCAAGGAGUGGUAGGUGAAAUCCACACCAUCGCUGGGGGAAUAGCUAGUGGAGGACAGUCUAACUCGGCCAGAAAAGCCUACGCUAGAAAAACGCAGGCCGAGGAAGUCUUUACAGUACAAAGACCCUCCAAAGUUGCAAAAAAGGAUUCAGUGGUCCUUUCUUUCUCCGAAGAAGAUGCUAGGGGGGUAAUGCAGCCACAUGAUGACCCGCUAGUUGUAACAGUGACGGUGGCUAAUCACAUGAUCCAUCGAAUUUUGGUGGACAAUGGGAGCUCGGCUGAUGUUUUAUAUUGGCCAGUCUUUAAGCAAAUGGGUAUUGAUUGUGAGAGGAUCGAACUGUUUAGCUCUCCCCUAGUUGGAUUUACAGGAGAGCAAGUCCAGCCGAUUGGCCUUAUUUCACUCCCUGUAAUGGCAGGAACGGCGUCCAAACAAAAGACCGUCAUGGUAGAUUUCCUGGUUAUUGACCGACCAAGUGCCUACAAUGUCAUCCUUGGUAGACCCGCUUUGAAUAAGUUGAAGGCCAUAACUUCGACGUACCACCUAACGAUGAAGUUCCCGAUAGAAGAAGGAGUCGGAGAAGUGAAGGGAGAUCAAACCCAGGCGAGAAGAUGUUACAAUACGUCUCUCAAGAGGGUCUCAGAUCCGACUCCUAUUGUCGUUGGUACAGUAGGUGGUAAUAGUAGGAAUGAUCUGAAGGGAGAGCCAACUGAACCUUUGGAAGAUGUGAUAGUUGCAGAAGACAAGGUUUUGAAAAUUGGGACACAGCUCAAUCCCAUAAUUCGAGACGUUCUCGUCAUCUUCCUGUGGGGAAACUUAGAAGUCUUCGCAUGGACCCAUGAGGAUAUGCCAGGAAUCGCUCCUGAAAACAUCCUCCACCAACUAAAUGUGGAUCCGAGUGUGAAACCGGUGAAACAAAAGAUAAGGAAAUUUGCUCCUGAACGGAAUAUGGCUAUAUCUGAGGAGGUGGAGAAGCUUCUCAAGGCUCGUUUCAUUGAAGAAGUAUAUUAUCCUGAUUGGUUAGCCAAUGUAGUAUUGGUUAAAAAAUCCAAUGGGAAAUGGAAGAUGUGCGUGGAUUUUACCGACCUCAACAAAGCUUGUCCGAAAGAUAGCUUUCCACUACCCCGCAUCGAUGUAUUGAUGGACUCAACAGCUGGGUAUGGCUUACUCAGCUUCAUGAACGCUUUCUCUGGUUACAACCAGAUAUACAUGCAUCCAGAAGAUCGUGAGAAAACUGCGUUCAUAACUGACCGAGGCCUGUACUGUUAUAAAGUCAUGCCCUUCGGUUUGAAGAAUGCAAGAGCAACAUACCAAAGGCUGGUAAACAAGAUGUUCCAAGACCAGAUCGGACGCAGUAUGGAGGUGUACGUCGAUGACAUGCUAGUCAAGAGUGUGCUACCGCAGGACCAUGUACUCGAUUUGCAAGAGACGUUUACAACCUUGAAGAAAUACGGGAUGAAGUUGAAUCCCUCAAAGUGUGCGUUUGGAGUCUCAUCAGAAAAGUUCCUCGGUUACAUGGUAUCAAGCCGAGGAAUAGAAGCCAAUCCUGAGAAGAUACAAGCUGUCUUGGAUAUGCAGUCUCCAAGAAACUUGAAGCAGCUUCAGCAAUUGACAGGGAUAAUAGCGGCACUAAAUCGGUUUGUUUCACGAUCAACCGAUAAAUGUCUUCCAUUUUUUAAAGUCUUGCGAAAGGCUUUUGAAUGGACGGACGAAUGUGAAGAAGCCUUCGAGCAGCUAAAAGAGUAUCUGGUGAGCCCGCCUUUGCUAAGCCAGACAAUACCCGAAGAAGUACUGUAUUUGUAUUUAGCUGUAUCUCCAACGGCUAUCAGCGCUGCAUUAAUCCGAGAAGAAGAAGGAAUUCAAAAGCCUGUAUACUUCAUAAGUAGAGCUUUGAGAGGCGCUGAAGAAAGAUAUCGUCAGAUGGAGAAAUUGGCUUUUGCCUUGGUCAUAGCAUCCAGAAAACUCCGACCUUAUUUCCAAGCUCAUAUUAUCAGGGUGUUAACUGAAUACCCUUUGAAGAAAGUACUAAGAAAGCUAGAUCUGUCAGGAAGAUUAGCUAACUGGGCGAUUGAGCUGGGAGAGUUCGACAUUGAAUUUCUCCGUCGAAGUUCUCUAAAGGGCCAGACACUGGCUAAUUUUCUGGCAGAAUUCACUAAUCUGCCAGAAGUUACCAGUUGGCCGGGUGAUGAGACUUGGGUAAUUUAUGUGGAUGGAUCAUCUACGAAGAAGCAUGGUGGAGCUAGGAUAGUAAUGAUUACUCCCGAUGGAGAAAAAUUGUGUAGUUCCUUGAAGUUAAAAUUUAAAACCACAAAUAACGAGGCCGAGUACGAGGCGGUCCUAGCAGGACUCGAUUUAGCUCUCGAAAUGGGAGACAAAUUUGUGAAAAUGCGGAGUGACUCCCAGGUGGUCGUGGGGCACAUCCGAGGUGAAUUUGAAGCCAAAGGAGAAAAAAUGAAGUUAUACUUAACUAAAGUGCAAGAAAUGAAAAGUUUAUUCAAUAAGUUUAGCAUUGUGAAAAUUCCGAGGCCAGAAAAUGAGAGAGCAGACCAGUUGGCCCGAAUAGCCUCAACAGCCACUGGAGAGAUUGAAGCCGAGACUCCUAUCCAAAUUUUUCCACAAUCAUCAGUUACCAAGACGGUGUCGGUCUCGAUAGCCGAGACCAUACCUGAUUGGCAACUAGAAAUCGUGGAAUACCUGGAAAGAGGAGUACUUCCCUCAGAUAAAAGGCUGGCUACCUGGUUGAAGGUAAGAGCAUAA